AUGGUCUCGUUCCCUUCGCUGCCCGCCGCCGUCACGGCCCCGGCCACCCGCGCCGUCGAGGUCGCUCGAGGAGCCAUUGGUGGCUUCACUUGGAAGCCUGCGCUGGCCGUUGCGCGUCCGGCCAUCCUCUCCAUCCUCUCCAGGAUCGAAACCGGUACGCUGCUGCUAGUCGACGAGCCCGCCGGCACACGCCACAUCUUUGGCCAGAAGCUCGACGGCACCACAGAUCUGUCCAAUGUCGAGGCCAGCGCAACGCGCCAUGCCACGACACUCCCUCGGGUCGAGCUAAUUGUCAAGAAUGAUGCGUUUUGGAUGCGCCUGUUUCUGUUCGGUGACAUGGGAUUCGCCGAAGCCUACAUGCUUGGCGACUUUGAAUGCCAGGAUCUGACGUCUUUCUUUCAACUCUUCAUCGUCAAUAGAGACUGCCUAGGAAACGGCACGACCUGGAUAUCUAGCGUCUCGGCCGCCAUCUCCGCCCUAGCUCGUGCCAAUAAUGCCUUGGGCAGCGCGCUUCUCAACAUCUCCGCUCACUACGACAUUAGCAACGACAUGUUUGCCGCCUUUCUCUCCCCGGACAUGACAUAUUCAUGUGCCGUAUGGGAUCGACUGAACGACAUUGCAAACACAGACACUAAAGAGUCGCUCGAGACUGCACAGCUCCGUAAACUGCAUCGCUUUAUAGACGGCUGCAAACUCAAAUCUGACGACCACGUCUUGGAGAUUGGCACUGGAUGGGGCUCUUUUGCCAUCGAGGCCGUGUCCAAGUCAGGCUGCCGCGUAACUAGCCUGACGCUGUCCAAGGAACAAAAAGCCUUGGCAGAGGAUCGGAUAGCGGCUGCCGGACUGCAGGAACGCAUCACCGUUUUGCUGUGCGACUACAGAGAGCUCGAGCUACCCGAAGGGAAACGGUUCGAUAAGAUUGUGUCAAUUGAGAUGCUGGAGGCUGUCGGAAAGGAAUUCUUGGCCACAUACUUUGACUGCAUUGAUAGGCUUCUCAAGGAAGACGGCGGAGUGGCCAUGUUCCAGUGCAUCACAAUGCCAGAAUGCCGAUGCGAGGCAUACGCCAAAUCGGAAGACUUCAUCUCGCAUUACAUCUUCCCUGGAGGCUACCUCCCCUCGAUCACGGAGCUCCUCAAUCAUAUCACUACCCAGUCCAAAGGCACGCUCAUUGUCGAAAAUCUUGAAAAUAUUGGCGGCCACUACGCCAGAACGUUGCGUUUAUGGCGCGAGCAAUUCAUGGGCACUUUUGAGAGCAAGAUUCGUCCGGCUCUUCUCAAGCAGCAUCCUGAUAUGACAAAAGAAGCCGUCAACGUCUUUAAAAGAAAGUGGGAGUAUUACUUUACCUAUUGCGAGGCAGGGUUCAUCACAAAGACUCUUGGCGACGUCAUAAUUACGGUAGGGCGUGAGCGCACGCUUGAACUCAUGGAGGGCAUUCCCCUGUAA